AUGGAAUCGAGUUCUCUACAACUGUCAACUGAUCCCACGGAGCGCCGCCGACUACAGAACCGCAUUGCUCAGCGCAGGUUUCGCCAGAAAAAACAACUUGAACGAAUGGGUGAUCGCGUACCCAAUGGCCAGGUUAAUCGACCAACUGAGUAUCCACAAGGGAACGGUGAUGAUGCGAUGCCCACAGACAGACCGCUGGGCUCGGCCAUUUUGGAUGAGAUUUCUCUGGCAAAUUCCGGUUUCGAAAAUGGUGCUUUGGACCUAGACGCCAUCGACAGCCUCCUCGAGGCCUACGGCUCUUCAGCCCAGCCGCUAGGUGGACAGCCGCUCACUCCGUUUCUCGCACCUCCAGACCAGACAGUGCCCGUAGACACGGAGCGCAAUAAUCCUCGCGAUGUCCCUGACGCUACGCAUUUGGCGGGAGCCGUACACGAAUCAUUCAAGACCAAAACCGGGGAAGGUUGGCUUAGCACAAUGCACAUUGCUGCUCAAAAAGGACACGAGCGCAUACUUCGUGUAUUGCUCGAGCAAGGCGAUAUGGACCUCAACAGCGCCGACAGCGAUGGUCGAACACCUCUUUUCUAUGCUGCGCUUGGAGGCCAUGAAUCGGUGGUGCGGCUACUAUUGAAUCACGGGUCACGGGUCUCGCACUUGGACUGUUAUAGACGAUCCGUGUUGCAUUGGGCCGCGCAGUAUCAGCAGCUAGAAGUACUGCGGACUCUUCUUGGACAUUGGUCAGAGCAUGAGCGAGGCUCGUGUGAUGUCAAUGCCCAUGAUAAUCAUGGUUGGACACCACUGCAUCUGGCCGUGGAACGGGGCUUCGAGGAGGGCGUCCUCUUGCUUAUCCGGUUCGGAGCUGAUAUGAACGUCAAAGCGAGAAAGUGUUGGAUGACUGAAAAAAUUAUUCCAUUUGAUCUGAACCAGUUGACAACUUGA